ACGCCUGGCCGCCUGGGUUGUGUUGGGGUCGCAGGCCGGCCCGCCUUUUUAGAAAAGGAGAGUCCAGCCGAGCCGAGCGCCCGACGACGCCGCCUUCCCAUCCCGUGUUUCUCUUUCUCCUUCGUUUCUCCAUCCACCCAUCGGCUCUCGGCGAGCGAGGGGAGAAGAGACGCCUUCUUCACCGCCCGGACGUGGAUUCUCUGCGGGGGUGCAGGUUGUAGCCCGACGAUUAGAGAUAGAUAGACGGUAGAGCAACAGCUAGCUAGAGGCGGCGGCAACAGAAGAUGCUGGCAUGCAUUGCGUGCUCCUCGAAGGAAGGCGGAGAGGACGGCUCCCGUGCCGCGGCCACGACGCCUCACGGCAAAGAGGCCGUCAAGUCCCUCACCUCACAGCUCAAGGACAUGGUGCUCAAGUUCUCCGGCUCCAGCAAGCAGUGCAGAGGGACGCCCGGGGCCCAGUCGUUCAGGAGCAGCGGCGGGGGCAGGUACCUCCGCCCCUACCCCAGCUUCAUCGACGUCACCGGCUUCGCGCCGGCGAACAAGGUUCUCGGCAACGCAUUGGCAGGUGCAGGCGCCGCCGGUGGUGCGGCGCGAACCGCGUCGUCGGAUACGUUGGACCUGACCAGGAGCAACCGCAAAACCCCCCAGAGUAGCGGAUGGAUUCCGAGCACCGAGGCGGCGGCGGCCGGGGACGAUGUCAGGGAGUGGACGGCGCAGGUGGAGCCUGGCGUCCAGAUCACCUUCGGCACCAUCCCGAGCGGCGGCAACGACCUCAAGCGUAUCCGCUUCAGUCGGGAGAUGUUCAACAAGUGGGAGGCGCAGCGGUGGUGGGGCGAGAACUACGACCGCAUCGUGGAGCUGUACAACGUGGUGACGUUCAGCGGCCGGCAGCAAGGGUGCUCCACUCCGGCGUCCUCCGUCGACGACUCCGCGCUGAGGGACUCGUCCUACUCCCGUGUCGGCUCGGCGAGCAGGGGCAGCCCGAUCACAGUGCCGCCGCCACCGGUGGCAAGCAAAGAACGGCUCGCCCGGAGCGCGUCGUUCAGGGCAACGGCGGCAGGGUCCUCCUCGGCACCGUACGCGGCCGCGCAUUCCGCCAGGGCGGCAUACUUCCCGUCCGCGGCCGUGCCCGACCCGUCGGACCACGUGUGGGCGCACCACUUCAACAUGCUCAACUCUGCGGCGGCCGGCACGUCCGCGAUGGGCGGCGGGGGCCCGUCGCCGUACGACCCGUCGUCGGUUGCCACCGCGUCGUCCCGGGACGAGGCUUCCGUGUCCCUCAGCAACGCGAGCGACCUGGAGGCCACGGAGUGGGUCGAGGAGGACGAGCCAGGCGUGUGCCUCACCAUCCGCGAGCUCGGCGACGGCACCCGCGAGCUCCGCCGCAUCCGGUUCAGCCGGGAGAGGUUCGGCGAGGAGAGGGCGAAGGUGUGGUGGGAGCAGAACAGAGAGAGAAUACAAGCGGAGUAUCUGUAGCAAGCGAUCAGACAAGCGCUGAUGCAAUUUUCAGGCCUGACGGGAUAAUCAAAUUUAUUUGGGAGGGGGAUAGAUUAGGGAGAUGAUGAUACCGCGCUAUAUACAUGGCGAAAAGAAUGUGAAGGGUGAAACUGUUGAAAGUGUAAGAAAUGGGAUGGUACCUGUCUUUAGUCACCUAAUAAUAAACUAACAAUAAGGUUGUACAUUGUUGGUGCCGUGUCUGGUUUAAAGUUGCUUUGCGAUGCA